CCCACGUGAUAGAAAUCAGCUGAUAGUAUAGCAAGAAGAACAAUAAAGAUGGAGCAACGUCUGGACGAAGAGGAAUCGGUUACCGAUGUGAGCAGAGACAGCGGUAAUGUUUCACAAAGUGAGAGCAGCGGAUCAGUAAUUAGUGAAGGGUUGAGCAGCGGCAACAUCUCCCACAGUCACAGCUUCAGUGCGGCAGUCCCGCAGGAGGACGGGGAUCCAGACAGACUGCUGGAACGCACUGCUAAAAGCUACUCUUCGUACAUCAAAGCCAGCGUAACAGAGGAGGUUGAAAGUCUAGAGAAGAGCCUGGAGGAAAUGCUUACCCGAGUGGACGAGUUUGUUGGAAUGCUUGACAUGAUUCGAAAUGAUACCUCUCAGGUUGUGAAUGACAGUCUACCUCAAAUUCACAGGAAGUCUGAAGAAAUGAGAAAGAUAUAUAAAAAAAUUGAUAAGCUCGAUGCCUUUGUUAAAAUGGUUGGUCAUAACGUGACUGUGAUGGAGGAACAGGUAACACAAGCAGAAUCUGACCUUGUGACAUUUCCCAGUGCCUUCAAAAAGAUCCUUCGCACCAUUACUGUCCCAGCAUUUCUUAAUAAAACAACCUCUCCAAGGAGACAGCAAGAGCCUACCCCAGUGUUCAGGACAGAAGAUUACUUUUCUCCACACUCAGGACAGUAAGGAUGGAUCUGUGACCAGCAGAACAUGUUUCUUCCAAGAAGUGAUUUAUCAUCCUCUCCAGCCAAAGGCACUGAAUAUACUCAACUCAAGACAUACCGAUUUGGAAGAUGGGUGUUUCUUUCAAAGAUGUUGUUUUGGGGAUAUCAUCAGCACUUAAGGAAAAUGAAGCUUAACAGAGCUAUAUGAGAAGUGCAGUUAUAUAUAUAUGUAGCGCUUGAGGACUUGCACUUUUUCAGUUUAAAUGCUACUAGUAGACAGUAGAUGUUUUUAGACACUAACAUGGAUACUGCAAGGUUUUAUAUAUUCGAAGGCUACAGUGUGUAACUUAGUAUUUGACUGCAUUGUCACUGAAAAAGGCAAUUUCGAAAUGCAUGCUUUUUUAAUGAAACGCCAAGAGGGAUAAAAUCUAAAUAGUAAAUAUAUGAACUAGUCUAUAUCGACAAACCACAACAAAAAUGUAUGUGACCUUUUUGGCUAAAAUUGUAUUUAGUAUUUGUCGGCAGUACGUAUAUGUAGUGCUGGAACCUGUUUUUGGCAAGUGACCAAAGAUGAACAUACUUGUUUUAAACAUCUCUGGUUCUCAAAGUUGUGGCAGAAUGAACAUGUUUAAUUUAGUUGACUUAAAAUAAGUGUGUUCUCUUAAAGGUGAGUGAUUUAUUGAGGUAUUUUGGGCACUCGUCAAUAAUAUACGUAAGAGCAAUGGCACUACAUUUUGUGGUCUUUUGUUAUGUUACUUAUUUAAAUUCCAGAUAAAGCUGCCAUAACAUGUGCUGUCCCUUAAAAGUGUGAACCAAAACUUUUAAAUUUAAGCUGUUAUGCUGAACAUCUUUUGGUUCUUUGGGAGGUUUUUUCAGGAUUUUCGAAAUCUAGAUAUUUAUAUUUUGGGCAACCCAUUAAUGAAUUUCUAAGUUAAACUGAGGAAAUCUGAUUUCCAAAACAGGAUUAGGUACCAAGAUGCCAUAGUACCACUUCAUGUACUGUUCUAUUACUGGCAGGUGCUAGUAAAAUAGAUGUGCAGCACAACAAAUUAAGCAUUAAUAAUGUUGUUACUGAAAUAUGUUUUACAAAUGCUAUGAACAAAACAAACUGAUUAAGGUUUAUGCCAACUAAUUGACACACAGAGCUUUGUAGAUCAGGUCUUACUACCAUGUCAAGUACUGUUCUUUUUUAAAAUUGUUUUUAUGUAUUAAAUAGAUUGUUAUGACUUGCAUGAUUUCAUCAAUCAGAAGUGGCAGUCUUAAAUACAAAUUUACUAUGGAAUAUCUUGGUGGUACAAACAUGGCUCUGAAUUAUAUGGACUGUUAAUAACUGUUACAGUGACUACAUCUGUGACUUCAGAAAUGUGCAAGGUUUUCUUGGUUACUGUACUUGGUAACAAUAAAUUAUGGAGAAAAAAAAAGUUGUUCAUAUUGUGCCUUCCAUGCAUGCACUAGUUUCAAAACAUAUGAAACGCAAUCUUUGCAGCUAUAAAGAAGAGAAACAGACGUGGAAACUGAACUUAUUCCCUCACCUCAAAUUAAAGGUAUUAAAGUGCUAUAUAUCUUUCUGCCACAUUCUGAAUCUGUCAAAUGCAGUAUUUGUUGUUUUGUUUCUGUACAUAAUUUUUUUUUAAUGUAUUUUUUUUUAACAAGUUAUCGGUAAGCAAUACCACAAAUUAAAAAGGGUAUA